CAGUUUUUGUUACACUCUGCACAUAAGCAAAGGACUGCGCAACAGUAGGUAACAGGGGACAUCGAAGCCGCGCACCAUAAUGUUCCCUUACAAUGAAUGACCAGAAGCUCAUUGAAUUGGUUCGGAUAGAUGGUAAGGUAGAACAACACUUUGUCAAUCAAUUUUCUGUAUAUUUUAGAGCACUAAGACCAGUGCAUUUAAACAGGCUACAUUAAUACUAAGUAGCCUAAUCGUCAUUUGAAUAUUUUGCCCACGUACAUAACCGUGAGCUUUGAUAAAGGCUAAAUUAAAAAGCCCCCUGCCUUUUAAAUGAUUGUCAAUGAAGAUCCAGUGCCCCAGGCAGAGAACUACAAGGAGAAAAGUCCAACUGGCAGUUCUAGAACCCUUGCUCUGACAGUGUGCUCAGCUGCCAUUGGUGGGACCUUCCAAUAUGGCUACAACCUGUCAAUUAUCAACGCCCCCACCAAUUACAUCCAGGCAUUCAUCAAUGAAACCUAUCAGGAGCGCUGGGGAAUCGGCUUGGACGUCUCUCGGGUCACUGUAAUCUGGAGCCUUAUUGUAUCUGCUUUCUCACUGGGUGGCUUAGCUGGAGCCCUGCUUGCGGGGCCAAUGGCUGUGCAUUGUGGUAGGAAGCAGUCACUGUUGGUCAACAACAUCUUUAUGUUUGUAAGUUCCCUGUUGGUGGUGACCAGUAGGGCAGCAAGAUCUUUCGAGAUGAUUGUUGUGGCUCGGUUCCUGGUAGGGGUCAAUUCUGGGGUCAGCAUGAACAUCCAACCCAUGUACUUUGGAGAGAGCGCACCCAAACACCUGCGAGGAGCUGUGACGUUCUCCUCAGCUGUCUUCACUGCCUUCGGUAUCUUCAUGGGACAGGUGAUAGGUUUGACUGAGCUGCUGGGCAGCGAGCCCCUGUGGCCCUACCUGCUGGCUAGCAAUGCUUUGCCGGGCUUCCUCCAGCUCCUCACCCUCCCCUGGUUCCCGGAGAGCCCCCGCUACCUCCUCAUUGACCGGGGGGACUACCAGGCAUGCGCACUGGCCCUGGGGAAGCUCCGUGGGGGUCGGCCCCCUGUGGGGGAGAUGGAAGAGAUGCUGGAAGAGCAAAAGGCACUAGCGGUAUCAGCUGGCCGCUCUUCUGCCAAGACCAUCUGGGAACUGUUCUCGGACCGAGCCCUACGACCCCAACUCCGGACAGUGAUGGUCGCCAGCAGCGCUAUGAUGCUCUGUGGAAAUGACGCCAUCUACUUCUACGCUUCCUCUAUCUUCCUGCAGGCAGGGGUGCAGCCUAAUCAGGUCCAGUAUGCCUGUAUUGGUACAGGGGCCUGCGAGUUUACUGCUGCUAUUGUAUGCAACCUGCUCAUAGAGAAGGUGGGACGCCGGAGGCUUCUCAUGGGUGGCUACGGUCUGAUGGCGUGCUGGGCGUUGGUCUUUACACUGGCGCUCUCGUUAGAGGGCACGGUGCCAGGCAUGCCCUACCUCAGCGUGGUCUGUGUGUUCGCCUACAUCCUCAGCUUUGGUAUGGGCCCGGCGGGGGUGACCGGGGUGCUGCCUGCCGAGAUUUUUGAUCAGGCGGCGCGGCCAGCCGCCUACAUGGUGGCAGGGUCCCUCAUGUGGAUCAGUCUCUUCCUGGUUGGGAUGGUGUUUCCGUUUGUGGUCAGAGGGCUGGCAAACCUGUGCUUCCUGCCUUUCUUCUUUGUGUGCGUGACAUCGUCCCUGUUCAUGGGAAUGACUCUGCCGGAGACCAAGGGCCGGAGUCCCGCGGAGAUCAGCUUAGAGUUUGACAGGCUGAGGUUGAAGGACCAGAGGGGUGCUGGGGGCCAGGGAGGUGAUCCCAAGAAGGAGCACUAUCUGCAGGGUCAGCCAUGUCCUCGCUCCCUUCCACAGCUUCAAUUACUUUCAGAGUCUGGGGAUGGAGAUUGGGAGGGUGGCCCAGCUGACCCAAAACCUGCUGUAUGAAGCAGAGUAUUGAACCAAUGAGAAAGUUGCACUAUUAAUUUAUUUAUUUAUUCUGGUGCGUGAAGCCAUGCUGUAUUUACAGUACAUAAUAUUGUACUUAGUUAAAGCCAAAUGUCCUCUCAUGCAUUGGUGAAGUUCUAAGAUGCUGUUGGUUUGAUCCAGGUGAUGGGGUUAGCUCAAUUCACACUUGAAUGAUACUGUAGAAAGAAGAACAUUAUGUAAUUAUAUGAAAAGGAUUUAAAUUAUUGUAUUUAUUAUUUGAUUAUCAUAAUAUAUGUCAUAAUCUUCAGUUGAAACAUCACCAAGGUAGCCAAACUGUGUGUUUACUUCCUGAGAAGGAUUGUUGUUUUUGGUGACAAUCAGCUGAGAUGUGCCAACUUUGGUUAUUACAUAUGUAAGAAUGCCUUUGUUUUAAUGUGUGCAAUACUGUAUGCACUUCCAAAUCGGUCAUGUGACUAUAUCCAAAUAAAUGCUGUUUGGUGUUAUUUAGGUUGUUUUUAAAUGACCACCAGCAAUGCAUGUUACAGUGGUUUGAGUCUUCUGAUCAACCUGGUGGAAAUGACCCACUACUUGAAUGAACCACAUUUGUUUGAAUUUUUUUGCACUAUAAAUAGGAAUCACCCCGCAGAUAGAAUCAUGUAUUCGUCAUUACAUGCAGCUCCACUAAAUAACCACUAGAUGUCACCAUUUGUCAGAGGAAACCAUAUAUAUUCUCAGGAUUGCCAGUAGCUUUGAAUAUGUAAUCUAGCUGCACUUCCGCACUUUUACGUGGUUACUAUAGUUAUCAAACGCAUGAUUUGCUCAAGAUUGUUCUUGUAAUCAUUAUUCUUGUGUAACUUCUUCAACUCAUUUCAUAAUAGUUUGGGAAAAUCAAGAUUUUGGAUGUUUUGUACUGUCGCCUACUGUAACUUAUUUUAAGAACAAUAAUGAAGCUCUGACAAUGAAGUCUGACAAUCAAAAAGAAUCUCUCAACUCGAGAGAAAAUGUUGCAUUAAUUAAUUAGUGAUGUAGCCUACUCCACGCAUAUCAGCUUUCCCCGUCUUUUUCUUCAUUGCACUCUUGUACUUCACAUUAGUCUCCAUAUUUCCCCAUCUCUCUCUCCACCGUCUGUUGCUUUAUCCCCAUCUCUCUCUUUCCCAUCGAUUUCUCUUUCUUUCUCCCCUCUACAUUACCACAAGUCCUAUAAGCCUACGUUGUGCUUCCCACAUAACUUUAUGGCUGUUAUUUGUAGCUGUAAAGAAGUCUCUUACUUUAACCAAUUGCUGUGAAAGUAAUGACAGCCCUCUUCAGCUGUAUGAAGCAUUGCCUGUAUGCAUGUAACUGAUAUCGCUCUAACCAUUUCUACCUGUAUGUACUGUAUAUUUAUGCACCAGAUGGGGAUUAGCCGGGCAUGA